GGUUAAAUUUAUUUGAAAGUUUCUGCGUCUGGCUGCAUGGGCGAUGGAGCCCUGGAGGUCUGUAGUAGGAGGUCCUCGCCAGGCCGGCAAGGGGCCUGGAUCCAGCAGAAUCCCGUGCAGGAACUUUGCUCGUGGAGCCUGUAGAUGGGGUCAGAACUGCCGAUUCUCUCAUGAUAGGAAGUCGACCCAGAUCUGCAGGUAUUUCCAGAAUGGGUUCUGUGGAUAUGGAGACCGCUGCAGCUACCAACACAUCUCAGAAGCCCCACCCUUGACAAGGUGUGGUUCAGAGACUGCUUACCAUGGAUUUCGGGGAGGAACCUUGCCACUGAACCGCCGGGGCUCAGAACCUGCCAUCUUGCCUGAGGCCUCAGUGAGGAGCUGGGGAGAGGCCAGGCGUGACUCUGAGCCAGCUGUCUCAAGCAUGGUGCAGUUACAGUCAAACUUUGGGAGCUUGAGCAUGUCAUUCGAAGAGGAGGAAGAUGAGGAGAAAGCUACCACGCCUUGGCAUCCACCAGAUUGGGCACUCACUAAAGAAUUUGUCCCCAGGAAGGCUGCUUCAGCUUCCAGAUCCAAUGAACAGAGACUCAACACUGCAUCCCUAGUGCAAGAAGGUGCUCCUGCCAAAGAGGCUGCAUCUGCUCACCUGGUCUCAGCAGAGCCAAAGGCGGCUGGUGGUUUGGGGGCUGCAGGGGCGGCAGCUGCUGCUGCUGCUGUAGCACAGAGUGAAGAUGUGGUGUGUGGAAUUUGCAUGGACAAAAUCUCUCAGAAGGCAUUACCUGAGGAGCGACUUUUUGGCAUUCUUCCAAAUUGCACCCAUGCCUAUUGCGUUGGCUGCAUCCGAAAGUGGCGGAAGAGCCGGGAUUUUCACAGUACGGUGAUAAAGGGCUGCCCAGAAUGCAGAGUCACUUCAACCUAUUUUAUCCCCAACAAGUAUUGGGUUUUUGAUACGGAAGAGAAGGAAAAACUGAUUGAGAAUUUCAAGGCAAGGACUAGCAAAAUAAGAUGCAAAUUCUUUGUCAGGGGCAAUGGUCACUGCCCCUUUAAAUCAGAGUGCAUCUACCUGCAUGAGCUUCCUGAAGGCCAGCUCCCUGCUGCAAGACCACAACAGAGAUCUGACCGGCGGAGGCGGCGACGUUUUGUCUAUAACCCAUCUCCAUCUGAGAGCUCAGAUGAGGAUGACGACGACAUUUACCUCAUCCAGUGGGCCCUUACCUUUGCAUUGUUACAGAGAGACAGAGACUUCGACUUUUCAGAUUUUCUCUGGGAUUCGAGUGAUUCUUCUGACUAGAUGAUGAUGAUGUCCUCUUUGGAGGCUGCAUGUUACUGGCUCUGGAAAUGGUCCUAAUAGUGUGUUAAGCUGUGGCUUGGAAGAUGGAUGUGGGAGAAAGAUGUCUUGACUCUUGAUCAGCUUAAUGGCUCUUAGCUGUCUGUCAGUAUUUUGACUGGAAACCAUAAGCUGGGAGAAUCCUAACACACAGACUCCUUCUGUGUUGGGGGUGGCUGCCUGAUCUGCAGGGCAGGGAAACCACAACUGGCACAUCAUAUUUUAUAUAUCACAAUUGCACUGCCCUUCUCUUAUCCCAUGUUUACCUGGAACUUCACAUUUCUUCCCUGCUGCCCUUACAGUUACUUAAAUCAUGGAUUUCUAAACACAGGAUUCCUGAAUUAAUCUCCCAGCUGUCCUGUCUAGAAGGGUGCCAGGGUUCUAUAGUACUGUACAUAGUCUCUGUGUUCUGGGCAGGCUGAGUGAUCUCGUGUGUUCCUGCUGCUGCUCAGUUCAGUUCCUCAGGAAGACGGGUUUGCUGAGCAGUGUGAUUAUCUACAGUAGGCAGCACCUCUGUCUCGCUAUUGUGUAACAUUGCUGUUGGGUAUAUGGAGGCCUAAUGUGCAUAGGCUGGAGAGAGGGAAUGUGGUGUGUGUAAAAUCAACUGAACUUUUAUUGAUGCAGUGGUCCAUUAUUAUUGGAUGCUUAGAAUGUGAUAAUUAUGCCCUUAUGAUCAGUGAGGCCCCCUGUAUGUAUUUUUAAUUCUGGAAGAAUCUGGAAAACAUGAAAUAAAAUGAGCUUUAAAAAUGUA